UUUUGCUUCUUGCUAGCAUGAAAUCUUAGAAUUCGAAAAAACCAAAUUUGAAGAUCACUUUAGACAAGAAGUCAGUUGCAUUAUUGUCUAAGUCAGAUAGACCUCCCAGCUCCAAGUGCUCUCAAAAGACCAUAUCCUCCAAUGAUAAGGUAAUUUCACGAGACUAAUUUAUUUGAUUUAGACUACUGCUUCCUCCAAACAGUAAAGUUUCAAAUUUCAGGAUAGCUUCUCCACUCCAAAUCCCUCCUUCAUCUCAGAGGGAGACAAGAAAUGUAAAUAUGCCGAAUUCACAAUUGUAGCAGUUGAACCUCACCAAUCUCAGCUCAUCCAACUCCUUAUCCAAGAGAAUUUAGAACUUUAAAAACAAAAUUCAGAUAAAGACAAAAUAAUCACCAAACUUCUCACUACAAACAAACCCAAUGGUUUACAGAGAGCCAACACCUCCAACACCGAAAGAGAUAUGAAUAAAUAUUCCUCCACAGAGCAGUAAUAUUUUCAACUAGAACAUCUAGAAAAAAAGCUGAAUCCAAGAAAACCAACUCCCCUCUAGGCUUCACCUUUUGUAACACCGAAUAAGUGACUGAUGCCAGAACCAUCCAAAGCUAGCCAAUGACAAAAUCAAAUAAGAGACUCCCUAAAGAGUUUUAAAUUGUACCCAAUCAAAGAAGGUUUUUCAUCUGA